AGAAAGGACAGACCCGGGUCCCGGGGCUGACGAACAAGCUGCCCUCGCCAUCAACCAGCGGUCAAGCUGUUUGUUCCCCAGCGGCUCCAGAAGCAAUGGGCAUGUCGAGUACCCCAUUUACCUCUUCUCGGGACAGCUCUUCUAGGCGCCGUAGUCACCCCGAGCUUCACCUCCUACAGACUUAGUACCUGUGUGCGUACACACAACUUCCUCGUAGCACGCACGUUCGCGGCAUCUUCAGCACGCCAGAAUCGGCGUUGGCGUCGCUGCAAUGGAGAUCAAAUCAUUCUCCAGAGCACCACCUAGGCCCGGGUGUGCAUCGUGCCCAAUCAAGCUUUCCAUCGAAACCACGCUAUUCUACUGCCUGUCAUGCCCUUGUCUCUUCUUGAACCAUGACGUGCAUUCGCCAGGGCAGGGGUAUUGGCGCCACUCUAGUGCAGCCGCCCUGAUCGGGAAUCACGGCCAGUGGCCCAGUCGUCGACUCAGCGCCAAAGUGACCAGUCAUCUCGUCAAAACCUCCAGGCUCGAGGUCGCCGCCGACGCCCUCAAGGGGAUACCGGGACAUGCGUUGGCGAGGGAUGGACACGUGGAGAAGUACGGAACGGUCCUGAGAAUCACCUCUUUGACGAUUCGAUUCGGUGGGGCCGAUGGGCUCUGCGGCAAUCGACGCUUCUGGUCAGAGAACUCACUGACCCUGAUUCAGCCAUUCCCAUCAGUUGCUCACCCCCCUUAGCGUGGCAGGGCUAUCGUGACAGCCGAGGCCGGAGCCGCUGACCCCAGCGCAAGUGGAUCACGAAGAAACACAAUUGACUUUGGGCUCUUCAUAGGACAGGGCAAAAGGAGGGCCAG